CACACCGAAAACUGCCCCCAAUAUGGGCGCUGCGGCGGCGAUGAGAGGAAUGUAGUAGUCGGCAAAAGAUUUUUUUAAACACAUCCAAUACAUUACACUGUUCUUAUAGGUAGGACUUGAUCCUUAAGACUUGAAUUACUCUCCUCUCUCAUCCAUAGCGAAAAUCACCCAUAUUAAUCACAAGUUCUGUCGGGUCGAGUGUCUUAUUUUGGUCCCUACUAUACAAGCACAGCCUGUCGGAUCGUAUGAAGCUUUUAUUUUCGUAAAGACUUGAAUAAUGUCAACGACAUCGCUGGAUAAAGAGCUGCAGGAGAGACUGAGAGAGGCCAGUGCCAUCGGAGAUUUAGAAGAGGUGAAGUCUUUAGUGGAGAGCGGAGUGAACGUCAACUCUCAAAAUGAGAUUAACGGAUGGACGUGUUUGCAUUGGGCCUGUAAAAGAAACCACAAACAGGUAGUGGCGUAUCUUCUGAUCACCGGAGCUGACAAAGACAUUCUAACUUCGAAAGAGGAAUUAGCCGUUCAGCUCACUUCCAAACCUGAAAUCAGACGACUACUUGGAGUGGAAGAAGAAGAUGUUCCCGAGGUAAAGGAACCCGAGCUGCCAAUCAUCCCCAACUAUCUUUCCAACCCGCCCUUUCUGUACAGCAAGCUGGAUAAAGAUAAUCUGAGUAUAUCGCAGCAUGUGUCGCAGAACGGCACCAACAAUCAUCCAGAACCCUUAGAGUCUGAACCAGCAACCCUCUCCCCGACACAAGAGCAGCAACUUCCUCCCCAACAGCCUAAGAGUCUUUACACAGACAGCCAGAGCCAACAAGAGUUAUCCUACAUCCCCGUCGUGGAGCAGAACGGCGUUGUGCCGAGCCCUGUGGUGAACGGAGGUCUGCCCAUGGAGCUCUCCCCAGAGACUCAUCACCCCAACCACUGCGAGUUUUCCCACCCUCAUACCAGAGGACAGAACGGGCCGGUGUGCCCCACACUUCCUUCCCCCAGCGGGAGCACCAGCCAGCCCCAGGUUCCCAACGGCACCGUCACCCGGCAGCAAUCCAUCCCCCAGCAGAUCAACUGCUCCCAGCUCGCCGGCUCCGUGCCUGCCUUCCAGCCCUUCUUCUUCACCAGCACCUUCCCUGUUAACGUGCAAGAGCUGGUCGUGAAGGUGCGAAUCCAGAACAGCAACGUUAGAGAGAACGACUUCAUCGAAGUGGAACUUGACAGACAGGAGUUGACAUACAGGGCGCUGCUCCGCGUGUGCUGUCGUGAGCUGGACAUCAGCGCCGAGCACGUGGAGAAGAUCCGCAAGCUGCCCAACACUAUGCUCAGAAAGGAUAAGGAUGUGGCGAGGCUUCAGGACUUCCAGGAGCUGGAGGUGGUCCUGGAAAAAACUGAAGGCUUGACGCUGUUCUCUGGAAGUCAGGGCGGUCUGACUGAUCGGCCCUGCUACAACAUGAAGGCAUCCCGGCUCACCUACUAGCUUCAUAUUAGCACCCCUGUAGGGCAAACUGACUGGCUGUUUUUUUGGGACCUGCUUCUUUCCAUCCCAAACUAUUUACUAAUUUCUGUUCUCAAAAUACACUUCUAUCCUCCUCCGGUUUGGGUCGAUAACCUGUUUAAGAUAUUAGCCUUACCUCCCACCCUUCAUUAUUCAUUACCAGAUGGACCUUUAGUGCCUCCUCCAGUGUAUCCAUAGAUAACUCGUUUGAGCUCUUAACAGGUUUUGGCAGGCUUAGCUCUGGGACAGCUUUUUUCAUCGGCCCACGCUUCAAUUUGAAUAUUUAAAUGCAUUUUGUUCACAACUGGACUUGGGAAAAUAUUCAAAUCCACCAAAUUUGCAUACUUUCCGAACCUGGGAUCUGUCUCACGGCCUUGCCUUCGUAUCGGGUCACUGUGCGAGAGCUGGUGCGCUGCUUCAACAGAGAUCGGUCGAUCAUACGUCCACCGUUCCAUCUCAAGAGCGUGAACUGUCGUAUAAUAUAAGAGUGUAUGCUUAUAUUGAUCCGGGAAAGCCAGUUAUUUCAUUUAAAUGUUUUGAAACUAAGAUGUUAUUUUGUUGCCAGACAGCUCUCUGUGCACUUUAACCAAACCUUGCCAUUAUUUGAAAAGUUAUUGAGCCAUUUCAGUGCUGUUUCUCAAAUGCUGUUCGGUCAAUGUAAGCCAAAUAUUUUCUGUAGGCUGCUCUGUGACUGUUUGGAGUAGACUGACCUCACGAUUUUGCAAAUGUCGCUUGUUUUGCCAACUAAACAACGUUGCAAGUUCCAUUUUAUUCCUCCAAGGAAGAGCUUGAUUUGAGAUAAAAUAAUACAAUCUUUAACCCCAGAGAGCUUCCAUUGAUUCUCAUAUUGGCCUCCCUUGAGUUUGGCUCUGUGAAGAUGUUUAAUUCUCACAGUAACGGUAGUGCCAUUCUUAAAUACUGCAUUCUUUAACAUGCUUUAAAAUUGCAGUUCGGUUAAUUCAACUGUGGCGAAUGUUUGAGAUUAGAUUUAGAAGAGAUGCAUAAACACUACAUUGUUGUAUAUUAGCUUUCGACUUUAUACAGGUUGUGUUAACGUGGGAACAGUACUCUCAAGUCAUGAUUUCUAAAGGAUUUGUCCUAAACUAAUUACGAAGUUGUUUUGUAGUUUUGUUGGCAGGUUUGGCAGUCUAACCAUAACCAAGCAUAAUAUGAUUAACGUUUGUUGCUUCUAUUGUUCAAAGUUAACAUUAGCCAUUUAUGUUAACUUUGCAAGACACACUGCUAAAUUAUUUCAUUUUUUUAAUGUGCAAUUUUUUGUAUGAUAUAAAUACUAGAAUUUGAGGAUUAAAAGAAGGAUAAACUUAAAUUGAAAUGAAAUCAUCUUUGUUUUUCUUCAUUUAAAAUUCUUCUUUAAUAUUUAUUUUGAGUCCGUAAUUUUUCACGUUUGAUCAUUUUAAGUUGUAGGUUUAGAAGUUCAAAGGUGAGCUUGUUAGAGACUAUACUUAAGGUAUUAGUCAUGUUCUAAAGGUCAGUUUGACUUUGCAUUUUGAUUCCAGAUAUUUGAGAUGUUCCUAGUACUUUGAUACAACAGUGCAUUGUCUUUACUAACAAUACUUAUUACUUUGAUAAAGCAUGGGCAAAAGCUAUCCAUAAUUGUUUUUCUUGACUUGAAAAGCAGAUGGAAAGAUGUCUGUCUUUAGAAAUAACAAAAAGACGAGGCACCAUGCCAUUGCUAAACGUCACCAAUAGAGGACAGGCUUAAACUAGUCUUGGUAACGGAUGACGGAUGCAGACUGAAUGUUUUUAAGAGGAAGGAAAAUUUUCCACUUGAUUAAACCUAGUAGACAUCCACUAAGGACCAGGACUGUGUGCAGAAUUUGGUCUUGUUUACGCUUUCUUGUUUAGAUGUAUGACUCGGGUUGGUGUAUUUAGUAUUGUUUCCUACUACUUAUAUACUUCUUUGAUUGAUGGGCUGUUGUCACAACCAGUUUGAUCAUAAUUUAUCUAUUUUAUUACAUGCUGUAUAAAAAAAUAUGCAAACAAUGUAACAUGGAUUGAAUCAAUGAAAUAGUUUAAGAUGUUCAGUCCAGGACAUAAACAAACGUUCCUUUUGCGCUUUUGUGGCCUGAACUUAACUUCCCUGUAGAUUAUUUCUGAAUACAAGCUAAAUAACAAGUAAAUUACAUUAGCUAGCAAGUUAAAAGUAUGUCUAUUAUUUUGGGUUACCAGUAGAAGAACUGUUACUUGGCUAAACUUAAAUGCAACAAAGUUAUACAACCCAUUCAACAAAUUGUUU